CUAUCAGGUAUCAAAAAAUAGGUCAUCGUACAGAACUGUGUAUUAAGAUUAGGAGGCAGGAAAUACUAAUGUCUAAGGAUGGCCCAAUCAGGGAGUUUGAUCGUAGGCGUGAUUGGUAUAUUGUUUUAUUUCUACCAUAAUAAGAGCCAACAAUCUGUAGAAGAGUCUGUUGUUCUCAAUGGAAUAUAUGACUACAUUAUAGUUGGAGCCGGAUCAGCCGGAUGUGUCCUUGCAAACCGACUUUCGGAAGAUUUGACAUCUACGGUGCUUAUCGUAGAGGCCGGGGGUUCCGAGGAGGAAAAUGAAGUGAUGCACAUUCCGGCUCUUCCUGGGUUACCACAGAACACAAAACAGGACUGGGCAUUUAGAACUAUACCUCAAAAGAAAUCAUGCCAGGGAUUAAAAGAUCAGAGAAGCGCCUGGCCAAGAGGAAAGGUACUUGGUGGUUCUAGUUCAAUCAACUAUAUGCAUUACAUUAGAGGAAGUCGCCAUGACUUUGACGGAUGGGCCAAAGAGGGGUGUGAGGGAUGGAGCUUCAAAGACGUUCUUCCUUACUUCAUCAAAUCAGAAGACAAUCGGAUACCUAGGCUAAAGAACUCUGCUUAUCACGGAACAGGGGGUCCUCUUGUGGUCAGUGACAGCAUGGCAACGCCUUUACCUGACAGGGUGUACAGGUGGGGAAUGGAGGAGCUGGGAUACAAGACAGUGGACUGUAAUGGGGAGUCUCAAACAGGUUUCUGCUUUGGUCAAGAAACCGUCCGUAACGGAGAAAGAUGGAGUACAGCCAAAGCUUUUCUAAGACCCGCCAUGAUUCGUCCCAAUCUCCACGUAUCUACAAACUCUUAUGUUACAAAAAUAUUGAUCGAAAAAGGAAAAGCAGUCGGUAUAUGGCUUGUAAAGGACAGUGUUAAAUAUACCAUCAAAGCCCGUAAAGAGGUCAUACUUUCUGCUGGUGCUGUAAACAGCCCUCAAAUUCUGAUGUUGUCAGGAAUUGGACCAAAAGAGCACCUGUCUUCGUUAAAGAUUCCAGUCAAAGUUGAUUUACCCGUAGGAAACAACUUGGAGGAUCACUUGAUGCUUUUAAUGAUAUUUCGAGAUAACACAUCCUCGGGGUUCAACCCUUCUGAUUGGGCUGAUUUGCAGUAUAAACUAUUCAGAUCAGGUCCAUUUGGAAAAGUACACUUGGAAGCUAGUGCGUUUCAUGGUGAUGACAAGAAAGCUCCACCCUACUUUCAAAAUCAAUUCUACAUCCUGAAGGCUAACACACGUUUGGCAAAGGACUUUGAAAAUAAUUUUAACCUUAAUCCUCAAAUAACAGAGGGUGUAUUCAAAUUCUAUAAAAAUAUGGUAGAGAAAAAUGAAGGAGUGAUUACAGCAAGCAAUGUUCUUCUCCAUCCUAAAAGUAAAGGGACUAUUCGACUUCGGAGUGCAGACCCGUUUGAUCCGCCUCUUAUUGAUCCAAACUAUUUAGAUCACCCAGAUGAUGUAAAGGAUUUCUUAAAAGGAAUGCAAGAAAUGCUUCGGUUAUCCAACACCACCGCUUUCAGAUCUAUUGGUGCGUCACCUUCUGACCCUUACCUAGAGUACUGCCCACCCUGUAACUCACUACCCUACCCUUCUGAUGAGUACUGGAAAUGUAGAUUACGGCACUAUGCGGUAACAGUAUACCACCCGACGUCAACAUGUAGAAUGGGAAAUGACAACGAUGACACUGCGGUAGUCGACCCACAACUAAAGGUAAAAGGAAUCAGCAAUCUACGAGUAGUGGACGCUUCCGUUAUGCGCCAUGUAACUUCCGGAAAUACCAAUGCUCCCACUAUUAUGAUAGCAGAAAAAGCGGCAGAUGUGAUUCGAGGAAUUGAUAGUGUGAAAGAUAUUCGCAAGAUGACGGAACAUUUGUAGAAAGAUUUAUGUUUUUUAAGUAUGUGUUUAAGAUUUGCUGUCAAUUGAAUAGAUGUUUUUCAUGCGAGUAUUAAUUUGUCAUAUAGGGACAUAAAAGUUUUGUAGAAUGGUCCACUUUUUAAUUAGAGUUCUCAAAUUCUCCAUAUAACUAAUAUGUUUGACUUAACCUACAAUUAUAACCUCCUCUCUGCUAAAUCCUCAAAUCAUUUCGUAAUUUAUUGGACGUUGGAUUGACUGGUUCUAAAACUGUUAUCCUUUGACCACUUCCUUUGAGUCAAAGUAAUGAAUAAUUUGAAAUUAGGUCAAACUGCGCGCAUUGUGAAGGAAGAUAAGUAGAAUAUGAAUGAUAAUUUUAGACUAUAAAAUAAUAUCAGAAAUAAGCCAAUGUAUGUCAUACGAUUCGUGAGUGAUAAGAAUGUUUAUUUAAUCUAAGGUCUGUUUUGUUUUAAAUGGUCACCUAUAGGUAGAUUAGAGAUGUCACAAAAAGCGGGCCAUUUAGUAACGUAAGUUUUAAUCUUGCGUAAGUUAAGGUAGAAUAACACAUCUCAAAAAUGGCUGACCUCUGAGCGAAACGAUAUUUCGUUUCAUUGAAAGAAUUUUAUGGACGGCAACAUGUUACUUUCUCUACAGCCGAGGUUAUAAAGUGUCGGGCUUGUUAUCCGUGCAUGCCCAGUUUGAAUCCCAUAGGAGCGUUUGUUGAUACUCACUCAAUUGAUUUUUAGACAGUCAUUUUUUUUAUCAUCCCCAAACUGCAAAUUGUUCGCUUAUUACACAUAUAUACAGUUCCUUAUCAUUAUAUCUUUCAUAAUCAAAUAAUUUGCUGUUAAUUUGAGUGCCUUUAUCCAGGUGUAUUAUUCAACCUUACGAGCAGGCUUUUUUUAGCGGUCAUAGUUUUUUUUAUAUUCUCUUGCUGCAGUAUCUGCAACGAUAGUUUUCACAAGAUUAACGAUAGGAUAGGAAUCACGCACGAUAGGAUAGUGUUGAUAAGCGACAAGGAAGGAUACACGAUCUUCACGAUUUAACUCAUAAUUGCAGAAUUUAGUAAUGAACACGUACAUUCAAGAUGAACGCAGAAUGUCUUGUUAUUAACAAAUGCCGAGUUACUUAUAAUUGCUGCAUCAUAUAUAGAAUUAACAAAAGAAUUUAGUUGAAAUUAAUUGACUUAAAUCAUGAGCUUAAAUGAUCUAUAUAUUUUUAUUGUUAACAUUGAUUUUUACUUCCAAACGCUCCAGCCGAUCGCCGCGAAUAUUUCAGCCAACAUCAAAUCAAAAGGAAAAGAACGGAUUUAAUUACAGUUUAAUUCAUAUUCUCAUAAUCCUGAUAGGUUUAACGCACGAUAUGAUAGGAUUAAUGCACAAUAGAACAGGGCUGCGUUCAAGAUCGUAUACGUAGCAGCUAGCCUAGCCGCUAGGUCAUAGAUAUCUAGGUCUAUUGAACGGACCGCUAGGUUAGCCGCUAGGUGUCAGAUUUGUAGCUGGAAAUAUUCAACUAAAGACUUAUUACAUCGACAUUAUUUGUUAAUUUCAAGCGGAAAUAAUCAUGUUUAAUUUCAUUAUAACUUAAAGGACGAAUAAAAUAUCACUAAAAAAGUAGAUUUCAUAAGAUUAUCAACUAAGGUGGCCAUCUUGAAUAUGAUGCUUAGCAUAAAAUAUUUAGGCUACGAAUAUCUACGUAGUGGCUCGGCUAGCUUACCGUUCAACUACGUAGCCCUACGUAGCAGCUACGAUCUUGAACGCAGCCUAGUAAACACACAUGAUACAAAAGAAUUGAUACACGAUUCGAAAGGAUAAGAAUGUGAAAAAUAACGUUGCGGGUACUGUACAGCCAAUAUGUCAUUAAAAAAAACCAACAUAAUAGUUAAAAUAGUAUGUUUAAUUUUUAGAUGUGUAUAGCUAGCGUAUUGUAGUCAGUGUUGUUCUCUAUGUAUGAUUUGAAAAAAGUUAAUAUAGUUCAUCUAAAGACUGUUCUGUAAACUACCUUGUAGUAUAGAUAUACCUGUACGCUUAUUGUCAUAAGGACAGGAUCUUCAAUCCACCUUGAUUGCACACCCUAAUUGUAAAUGAAAAUUAACCUUUUUAUCAUUAACAUUACGGGAAUCCAUCAUACUCCUGAUAAUCAGUGAGGGUAUGUCAACGCCUUUAAACAUAUGCUUUACAGACUUGGAAUAUAGAAUCAAACUUAAACAGCUAACUCUGUCAGCGGACACCCUAUAAGCUUAAUAAUAUAAUGUAUAAAUAAUGUAUAAAUAUCUACUCAAAGUAAAAAAUGCAUUGCUUUAUCAGACUGUGUCAAUGACUGCUUCUGUUAAUGUAACGCAUUGUGAUUUUGGACGUUUUUUAAAAAAAAAUCGUUAUUAAUGAUUCAAACAUCAAGAACAAAUCCAUUGUACACAACUGGACAUGGAUGCAAUUUUUUUCAUUUACAUGUAUUCAUUUAUUUAAUAACGUUGAUAUUUUUUGCGCCAAUAGGUUUAGAGAAUAUAAUUAUAGAAGUAAGACGUACGAGAAAAACUAAUUACUUUCGAGAUAUACAAAUAUUUCAAAUUCUUUUGAUUUUUCAAAUAAAAGUAAACAUAAUA